GUGACGGUGCCGACUGCCUAACUAUGGACUGUUGCAUUUAGAGAUGGGGCAGACUCAACAAACGGGGAGUUGUGAGGAGAUUGACGUUAAAGCUCUUCAAGAUAUGUAUAAAAAAUUUGUCCUGGAGUGCCCGAGUGGAGUUCUUUUUCUGCAUGAGUUUAAACGUUUCUUUGGAGUGGACCCAACAGGGGAACCAUCUGAUUAUGCGGAGAGCAUGUUCCGAGCCUUUGACAAGAAUGGGGACAAUACAAUUGAUUUUCUUGAGUUUGUGGCAGCACUGAAUCUCGUUUUCCGGGGAGACCUGGAACAUAAACUACGCUGGUCAUUCAAGGUGUAUGACAAAGACGGCAAUGGCUACGUGGACAGGAAUGAGCUGCGCUCAAUAAUUGAUAGUAUCUAUCGGAUCAAAAAGUGCUCAAAGAAAGACAUGAGCGAGACACAACUUUCAGUUGACGAGGUUGUGGAACGAAUAUUAGAUGCUGUUGACUUUGACCGAGACGGUCACAUUACUUUGGAAGAGUUUAUUAGAGGUGCACAGGAAGAUCCAUGGGUGCUAAACAUGUUGCGGUUGGACAUGAAUCCGGCUGGAUGGGUUCUGGAGAACAGAAGAAAGAGUGCACAUUUCUGAUGCGUCAACUUUGCCUUUGCUGUGAUGUGAAAUAGACGCAGUCAUGGUGGCAGAAAUACAGCAGACUUUUUUUUUUUCAUUCACACGUCUGUGCCAUUUAUGAACAUGCAGUUUCACAUUCACAAAUUGAAAACAUAUUGUUUUCAAUCAGUUUAAUUAACAUUAA